UCGUCUUCCUCAGUGCAUAGUUCUUGCUCUCAUUUCUCCUCACGUUUGCACCGUUCAAUUUUAGAAGGAAGCUCUAUUCAAUAUUCAUGGCCUGUUCCUUUUCUGCUACCCAAAAUCCUCCUCCGCUUCGUCUUCACCAUUCCAGUUCAAAUAUUCCUUUCCUGCGUUCCUCCUUUGCAUCCCCAUAUCAAAAACCCAUUCCUUUUCUCAGUUCUUCUGUUUCUGCUUCGCGCUUUACCCACUACAGACCCUUUGUUUCCCUUUCACGCCCUCGACUCGCUUUUUCCCUUAAUGCUCUUCAUUCUGAUGUCCCUCAUCCCCAUCAGGGAUCAGUGUACACUGAGAGGAAUAAAAGGUACGAGGAGUGGAAUUCACUGACAUCCAAGCUCGCUGGAGCAGCCAAUAUUCCAUUUUUAUUACUGCAGCUACCCCAGAUUAUCCUUAAUGCUCAGAAUCUUCUGGCAGGAAAUAAAACUCCUCUCUUUGCUGUCUCAUGGCUGGGAAUGCUUACUUCUUUGCUUGGAAAUUUGUCACUACUAUCAUACUUUGCCAAGAAGAAAGAAAAGGAAGCAAUGGUGGUGCAGACGCUGGGUGUGGUUUCAACAUUUGUAGUCCUUGUUCAGCUGGCGUUAGCAGGAGCCAUGCCCCUACCUCACUUUGUGGCCACCUCAGUUGUUGUGGGAUCUGGCCUUUUUCUGAAUUUUCUGAAUUACCUUGGUCUACUGAAUGCUGCAAUCUGGAGCUUCUGGGAAGACUUCAUCACUGUUGGUGGUUUAUCAGUGCUUCCUCAGAUAAUGUGGUCUACAUUUGUCCCGUAUGUGCCAAACAGUAUCUUACCGGGGACUACAGCCUUUGUGAUAGCUGUUGUGGCUGUUAUCAUGGCGAGAAGUGGAAAGCUCCCUGAACAAGGCGUCAGAUUUGUUGGGUCAUUAUCUGGAUGGACGGCUACGCUUCUCUUCAUGUGGAUGCCAAUUUCGCAGAUGUGGACAAAUUUUCUGAAUCCUGAGAACAUCAAAGGCUUAUCAGCCUAUACAAUCUUGCUUGCUAUGAUUGGAAAUGGACUUCUGAUCCCACGUGCUCUCUUUAUUCGUGAUUUCAUGUGGUUCAUUGGUUCUUCUUGGGCUACUUUUCUUUAUGGAUAUGGGAAUAUUGUAUGCCUGUACUUGUUCAAUACUAUCAGGAAAGAAUACUUCUUGGCAGCAACAGUCGGUCUGGUUUUAUGGAUAGUGACAACUUUCUGGAGGGACUCUUCAGCGUAUGGCUACCGUUCACCAUUGAAUUCUGUACAGGCCUUAGUGUUUAAAUCGUCAAAAUGAAGCGGUGAACGCUGCAUCUACUGAGAGUUGAAAUUGUCUAGUGUGUUUGCGAUCAUCGGUGAUGCGUAUCAUUGUGUUGUACAAUAAGCAAAAUCAAGGGGAAAAUCAGAUUGAAUUUUACGAAGGAGAUAAGUUGCUGGUAAAUGAUGAUAGAAGCUUCUCUUAGAAAACAAUCCUCGCCCUUCUGCUGAUCAUGAAAGGCAGAUUAGCAUUUUGCUCCUCUUUGUUCUGUUUUUAGCUGAUGUUUUAUUCUAAUUAUUUUAAUUUGUCUCGUUAAA